GUGUGAGCAGCAGCAGCCUCUGACUCAGUGUUGAAUGGGCCCUGGAGUCACAUGGCCACUUGUCAGCAGGCAGGAGGAGGAAACAUAAUCCGGCGGAGGAAGGCUGCUGUUAUCAGCUGCUGGCGUUGGCCUGAGAGCGCACUCGGCCUCGACGAGUGGCCAGAACGAGACGCUCCACAUCUCUAACCCUGGCUGCUUUUGUCCCCCCUGUCUCCCUCUUCCUUCUCCUCUGUGUUUGCUCUCUCCCUGCACUCUGACCAGCUCCGGGUCUCUCUUCACGGCAGAGUUCAGAAUUGCACUACCAUGUCUGCGGUGGCUUCUCUGCAGUAAGCACACAAAGGUUAUGCUGCCCAAAAGCUGUCUGAGUCCCAGCGAGAAAGAGAAGGGCUAAAGCCACCAGAGCGCAAAGCAGUUUUCCCCAGUGCCUCCACAGCAGCAGCGACUCCACUGCAGAGCCAUGAGCAACCCCAGCGCACCCAGCCAGGUCACGGAUGCCGUGGCAUCGGUUAUCCACAGCCCAGAUGCUCCCUCUCCUCCGUCGCUACAUGGGGCUUCUCGCCCAGAGGAGGAAGAUGAUGGGGACCUGAACAAAGCCUUGGGUGUCCAGCGCUUCCAGCAGAUCCUCAGCCCCGCCGCCGCAGUGCCUGACGACCAGCACCACAUCUACCAUGAGGAGGACAUCGAGUACCACCGUCACUCCUCCCACCACAUCCACCGGCCUCUGUCCAAGCUGCCCUCCGAGGGGCGCAGGAAGAAGAGCGGCAAGAAAAAGAAGAAGGACAAAGAUCACAAGAGCGCCCCCGCUCCCAGCAGCGGGCCCAUCGAGGAGGGAGAGGAUGAAGAGGAGGAGGAGGACGAGGGCACCGAAGCCACUUCUGCUCCAUCUGACUCGGAGAGGGUCAAAGAUGUGGAGUUCUUUGUUUCAGAUGAAGAUCAAGUUGGUAAACACGGUAAAGAGAGUCCUCACUCAGCCCGAGAGCUGCAUAUUGUUCCACACUCUGCUCUGGGGGCCGACGCCGUGGAUUCGACUUCCACAGAUAAACCGGCCUCAUCCGACCCUCUCCAGGCAGCGGCCUCGCCCGAACACCCGCCCCUGUCCCGGGUCUCCAGCCGCAGCUACGACCUGCAGGAGCGCCGACGCACCGGCAACAUGACGGGCGCGGAGCAGGCCAAGUACCAGCGCAUCCCCACCGACGAGAGCGAGGCCCAGACGCUGGCCUCCGCCGACCUGGACGGCAUCAAGAGCCACCGAUUUGAAGAUGUCCCCGGCAUGCGCAGACACCUGGUCAGGAAGAGCACCAAGGGACAGGUGGUCCACACUGGGAAGGACCACAAGGAGCCCACCACCCGCACCCGGAAGCAGGACCGCACCCCGCAUGAGCCGUUACCGGUGGUUCUGUACCGCUCCGCCUCGCGGCCGGACGGCCUCCUGCUGGACAUGGACUCGGGUCGCUUGGCUCGGUACCAGAAGGUGUUCGUGGAGCUGAAUGAGCUGACCAUGGACAAGAACCAGGAGAUGCAGUGGAAGGAGACGGCUCGCUGGAUCAAGUUCGAAGAGGACGUGGAGGAGGAGACGGACCGCUGGGGCAAACCUCACGUGGCCUCGCUGUCCUUCCGCAGCCUGCUGGAGCUCCGGAGGACCAUCUCCCACGGUGCGGUGCUGCUGGACCUGGACCAGAAGACUCUUCCAGGCAUCGCCCACCAGGUGGUGGAGAAGAUGAUCAUCUCCGACCAGAUCAAAGCUGAGGACCGAGCCAACGUCCUGAGGGCGCUGCUGCUGAAGCACAGUCACCCGAGCGAUGAGAAGGAGCACACUAGCCAUUUCCCCAGGAACAUCUCCGCCGCCAGCCUCGGGAGCCUGAUCUCACACCAUCACAACGCCAACCACACCCACCAGCCGGAGCCGUCGGUGACCGACCCGCUCAUGGGCACGGUGCUCUCCACGGGGGACGCAGACACCCGCAUCGACCUGGAGAAGAAUGACGUCCAGCAGAAAGAGCCGACCCCCGGGCUCGGCAUGCACCGGUCCAAAUCCAAACACGAGCUCAAACUGCUGGAGAAGAUUCCGGAGAACGCCGAGGCCACCGUGGUUCUUGUUGGUUGCGUGGAUUUCCUGGAGCAGCCCACCAUGGCGUUUGUGCGUCUCCAGGAGGCGGUGGAGCUGGAGUCCGUCCUGGAGGUCCCUGUACCCGUCAGGUUCCUCUUUGUUUUGCUGGGACCGCCAACGACAAGCAUGGACUACCACCAGAUCGGACGCUCCAUCUCCACCCUCAUGUCCGACAAGCAAUUCCACGAGGCAGCCUACCUGGCAGACGACAGGCAGGACCUGCUGAACGCCAUCAACAGCUUCCUGGACUGCAGCAUCGUGCUGCCGCCCUCAGAGAUGGCGGGCGACGAGCUGCUGCGCUCCGUGGCCCGUUUCCAGAGGGAGAUGCUGCGUAAGAGGCAGGAGCAGGGCAUCAAACUGCUGGCCAAAGAGCCCAAGAGCUUCGAAGAGAAAGAGACCCUCCCGACUUUGAAGAAGUCGGACGACCCGCUGGAGCGCACCGGACGGCCCUUCGGCGGACUGAUACGAGACGUGCAGCGCCGCUACCCCAGGUACAUCAGCGACUUCAAGGACGCCCUGAACAGCCAGUGCAUGGCGGCCGUCAUCUUCAUCUACUUCGCCGCGCUCUCUCCGGCCAUCACGUUCGGCGGUCUGCUGGGUGAGAAAACGGAUGGUCUGAUUGGCGUUUCCGAGCUGAUCGUGUCCACGGCGGUGCAGGGCGUGAUCUUCUGCCUGCUCGGGGCUCAGCCGCUGCUGGUCGUGGGAUUCUCCGGACCCCUGCUGGUUUUUGAAGAAGCCUUUUACACUUUCUGCCAGGCGAAAGGCAUUGAGUACCUGACGGGGCGCGUCUGGAUCGGGUUUUGGCUCAUCAUCAUCGUGAUUCUGACGGUGGCCUUUGAAGGCAGCUUCCUGGUGCGCUUUGUCUCCCGCUUCACCCAGGAGAUCUUCUCCUUCCUCAUCUCCCUCAUCUUCAUCUGCGAGACCCUCAUCAAGCUUGUCAAGAUCUUCAAGGAGCACCCGCUGAAACGCUGCCACCUCAGCAACGGGACGGACGAGAACGUCACGCUGGCGCUGAGUAACGGCACGGCGCUCACGCUGAGCAACAGCACGGCGCCCGCCGUGGAGAAGGUCCAGGGGGAGCCCAACACCGCGCUGCUGUCUCUGGUCCUCAUGGCGGGAACCUUCUUCAUUGCUUUCUACCUGCGGAAGUUUAAGAACAGCGCGUUCUUCCCCGGACGGUUCCGCAGGGUUAUUGGAGACUUCGGGGUUCCCAUUGCCAUCCUCAUCAUGGUCCUGGUGGAUUAUGGCAUUGAAGACACUUACACACAGAAACUGAGCGUCCCCCGAGGCUUCUCUGUGACCAGGCCGGACAAACGUGGCUGGAUCAUCAACCCUCUGGGCUCAGACGGCCAGUUCCCCAUCUGGAUGAUGUUCGCCUGCUGUCUGCCCGCUCUGCUGGUUUUCAUCCUCAUCUUCAUGGAAACUCAGAUCACCACCCUGAUCGUCAGUAAGAAGGAGCGCAUGCUGGUGAAAGGCUCCGGUUUCCACCUGGACCUGCUGCUGAUCGUGGUCCUGGGCGGCACCUCGGCCCUGUUCGGACUGCCGUGGAUGGCGGCCGCCACCGUGCGCUCGGUGACCCACGUCAACGCCCUCACCGUCAUGAGCAAGGCGGUCGCCCCCGGAGACAAGCCUCGCAUCCAGGAGGUGAAGGAGCAGAGGGUCACCGGGCUGCUGGUCGCCGUCAUGGUUGGCCUCUCCAUCGUGAUCGGUGACCUGCUGCGGCAGAUCCCCCUCGCCGUGCUCUUCGGCAUCUUCCUCUACAUGGGUGUGAUGUCCCUUAAUGGCAUCCAGCUGACGGAGCGGAUGAUGCUGCUUCUCAUGCCUCCGAAGUACCACCCUGACCACACCUACGUCCGCAAGGUCCGGACGCUGCGGAUGCAUCUCUUCACCUGCAUCCAGGUGGUGUGUCUGGCCACUCUGUGGGCCGUCAUGUCCACACAGGCGUCUCUGGCCUUCCCCUUCGUCCUCAUCCUCACCAUCCCCGUCAAGAUGUUCGUGCUGCGGCGCAUCUUCAACGCCAGAGAGAUGGCAUGUCUUGACGCAGACGAUGCAGAGCCCAAGUUUGACGAGCGCGAGUGUCACGACGAGUACUCGGAGAUGCACAUGCCCGUGUAAACCACCACUACCCCGUUACCCCGUUACCCCGGCAAAAGCUUUCACUGUCAGUAGCCGUUGUGCCCGUCGACAGCAGUGUUUUGGGAGGAAGAGGAACUGGUGGUAAUCGGCCCUUUGUUAGCUUUUCAUGUAGUUUUUGUUCUAAACCGUGUAUUUCAGGGGACAAGAGACUCCUUAUCAAACGACGUGAUCUCGAGCUCUCGGUGUAAUUCGAUAACCGUAGAUAGACGUGCAACUGAUUUAAUUUUAGCCCUGAAAUGUUGCUUUGAUUCACAUUGAAUAUGUGGAGGAUAUAUAGGAUACAUUCCUUUAUAUUAACCUGCUGAGUUGUUGCUAUACAGAUUUGUCGCUUUAAUCGCGUUUUAAGCUCACCAAGCGCCUUACGAUGAGAUAAGGAGGUGUACGCAGCGUUUUUUGUUUUUUGUUUCUCAUUCUGUCUGUGUUGGAGACAGCCGAUCACUUUACCCGAAGCGUGAAGCUCGUAGCACUUUUUUAAAGAUACCAAAUCAGAACAAUGACUGUAUUUUAUGAAAUCAUCUUAUCCCUGUAGUGUCCUUAAAUUAAACCCCGUCACUGUUUCAUGUUGCUGUAGUGAACUCUAAGUGAUCUGUGAUUCAUUGUAGUUUUUAUCACGUUUUUCCUUAUUUGUUGUUGUUGUUGUUGUUUAUGUUCUGACGCAGAAGUUUAGAUCAGUGGUUCCCAACCUUGGGCCCCGGACUCCUUGACCCCUUGACCCUUAGGUUUGUGCAUGUUGGAAGCACAUUUUAAGACAGUUUCCCAAGAAUGACCUGAAGGAUUCUGCUGUUUUUUAAUUUUUUUUUUGUCAUGCUCCUGAGAGAAACUGUAACGUCUGUGUUCAUCCGAGGGGGU